AUGGCAAUCGAGAUGGCUCAGAUCCGUGAAGCAGAUUUGGAUCGUGUCAGAACGCUUGGGUCAGUUCGCCUGACACAGGUAGGGACGAACGAGCGUAUACUCUACCCAAAACCGUCCAACGAUCCCAACGAUCCGUUAAACUGGUCCAAGGCUUACAAAAUCUAUCUGAUGUGCCUGACCAGUAUAGCCCUCAUCUUGUCAAACUUCGUGGCCGCUGGACCUUCGAUCGCAAUCGUAGAACUCACCAUCGACAUCUUCCACGCGUACCCGCCGUCACCUCUCAUACCUGGCUCAUUCGCUCCGGCUUCCAUCGCCAGAUUCUCAAGCAGUAUAUCCAAGGCCGCAUAUCUGUUCUCUGCAAAUGCCUUACUGCAAGGUCUCUCCAAUCUCUUUUGGGUUCCCGUUGCUCUGAAGUAUGGAAGAAGAAAGGUAUACGUGCUGUCAUUCUUACUGUUUGGCGCUACAACCAUAUGGGCGGCGCGAGCAAACACGUUUGGCAAUCUAUUAGCAGCUAGAUUGGUCAUGGGAUGGUUUGCCGGCACAGCGGAAUGCGUAGCACCACUGACUGUUGCGGAUGUUUUCUUCCUGCACGAAAGAGGAACUUAUAUGGCUAUAUUCGCCGCCGCUCUUGCACUUGGUGCUCCUCUAGGGAGUAUAGUCGGCGGUCUCUUCACUCUAAGUACAGACUGGCGAGCGAUAUACUAUCUGGGCACUGGCCUCAUCUUCGCAUUCACCCUGCUGGCCUUCCUCACGAUGCCUGAGACCGCAUUCGUCCGUGUGGCGGAAGUCCACGACUUCGCUCAGACUAGCGAAGACGCUGAAAAGUCAUUUGGGGCUUCCCAAACAUUCCGACAGAACCUCGCAUUUGCAACGCCUUUGCAGACCAAGGAGUCCUUCUGGAAAAUCUUCAUCCGGCCUGUACUAUUAUUGGUACUUCCGCCAGUGAUAUGGUCUACAAUUACGGUUGGGCUUGUGGUGGGAAUCGUGGUUGUUCUCUCUGUGUCACUUGCUAAUGAUUUCCGUACGGUUUAUCACUUCGAGACAUGGCAGUCAGGGCUAUGUUGGGUAUCUGUAUCGAUCGGUACUGCUAUCGGGAUGCCUGUUUGUGGCAAGUUAACAGACAUGACCGCGGAUUUCUUCACUGCCAGGUCUGGCGGCAUUAGAGACCCGGAACAUCGACUACCAUUCUGCACCCUUCCUGCAUUGUUGAUGCCGGGAGGACUGCUUAUGUAUGGACUAGGGCUGGACCGCCAUGUCCAUUGGGCUGUACCUGUCGUCGGUCUUGCUAUCAUAAGUGUGGGCAUUGUCGGAGGCACAACUGGGGCCAUGACCUAUAUCGUAGAUGCAUAUCGGCCCAUUGCAGGAGAAUGUGUCGUCUCGGUGAUGGCCUUCAAAGCGGCGUUCGCGUUCCUGAUCGCGUUCUACACUAAUUCGUGGCUUGCAUCCGAUGGACCAGCAGUGGUGUAUGGCACAUUAGCCGGAAUCGUGUUUGGUUGGCUUGCUCUCGCAUUGCCACUCUUCAUCUGGGGCAAGCAGCUGCGUGAGAUGAGCCUUGAUUGGAAAAUUGUUCGACUUGUCCAAUGGGAUUUGGAUCGUGAGACUGGUGAGUGA